UAAAACAGGACUAGUGUUAGUGUUAUCAGUUGGGCAGGUCAGACGAAGAAAGUCCUCCCCCUGGCCAUGGCUCUCCUCUUAUCAGUUCGCACCAUUAUUACUCAUUUCCAUGGACCAACUCCUCCAUUGCUUGCUAUAGCUUCUUCUUUUCUACUCCCCGCAAGACUCUCAUUACCCUUCUCCAAAUUCCUACCUACUCUCUUCUCUACAUCUCCUAAACCCCUAACGCUUAAGCCCCGUGCCACAAACCCAGAUAAAACCUUGGUCUUCAACAACGAUGAUCGGUUGAUGCCUCCUGGCGAUGCUCUUAAUGGGGCCGACUACCUUCAGUGUUCCAGCACAAUCGCCGCCAUCGUCACUUCACUCGGAGGCCCGCCUGGCGCCGUGGGAAUCGUCCGCCUUUCCGGGCCCACGGCCGUCCACAUCGUCGCUCGUGUCUUUCGCCCCGCCAACAAUAUGAGGAAGAAGACGACCGAGGGAAAGACGUGUGGUUCUGGUUCUUGGCUGCCCACGAGUCACGUUGUGGAGUACGGUUUCGUUCUAGAUUCUGGAGGGAACGUUGUUGAUGAGGUUUUAGCUGUCCCCAUGCUAGCUCCGAGAUCGUACACUCGCGAAGAUGUUGUUGAGCUACAGUGUCACGGGAAUGAAGUGUGCCUGCGUCGUGUGUUGAGAGCUUGCCUCGAAGCUGGGGCAAGGCUUGCAGAACCAGGUGAAUUCACUCUACGUGCCUUUCUCAAUGGCCGCUUGGACCUCUCACAAGCUGAAAACGUUAGAAAUUUGAUUUCUGCCAAGUCUGUGGCAGCUGCUGAUGCAGCUUUGGCUGGAAUUCAGGGGGGCUUCUCUUCCUUGGUCAAAUCACUGAGAGCUCAGUGCAUUGAGUUGCUUACUGAGAUUGAGGCUCGUCUAGAUUUUGAUGAUGAGAUGCCACCACUUGAUUUAGGCCUGAUUAUGAACAAAAUACAUGCCAUGUCAAACAAUGUAGACAGUGCAUUGGACACUGCUAAUUAUGACAAGUUUCUCCAAUCUGGAUUACAGGUAGCAAUAGUUGGCCGUCCAAAUGUGGGGAAGUCAAGCCUACUAAAUGCAUGGAGCAAAAGUGAGAGAGCAAUUGUUACAGAAAUUGCUGGAACUACUAGGGAUGUGGUUGAAGCCAGUAUAACAGUUCGUGGCAUCCCUGUGACGCUUCUUGACACUGCAGGCAUUCGGGAAACGAAUGAUAUAGUGGAGAAGAUUGGAGUGGAGAGAUCUAAAGCAGUUGCAAUGGGUGCAGACAUCAUUAUCAUGACAGUGAGUGCUCUUGAUGGGUGGACUUCAGAAGACACUGAACUUCUUCAAAGGAUUCAAUCAAUUAAGAAAUCAAAUGUAUCUUCAACCCCAAUGGUUCUUGUCGUUAACAAAAUAGACUGUGAUUCAUAUGCUUUCAGCGAAUGGGUAAAUAGGUACAAAAGCUCUUUCAGAAAGCAUGUUUUCACAUGUGCUGUCACUGGUGAAGGAAUACAAGAUUUGGAGGCAGCAAUAUUGGAAAUUGUGGGUCUCAAUCAAAUUCCUGCAGGGGGACGCAAAUGGACUGUAAACCAGAGACAGUGUGAGCAGCUUGUACGAACAAAGGACGCCCUUAUAAGGUUGAAAUCAUCUAUAGAAGAGGAAAUGCCUCUUGACUUUUGGACAAUUGAUUUGAGGGAUGCUACAAUGUCUCUUGGGCAGAUAAGUGGAGAAGACAUCUCUGAAGAGGUUUUGUCCAAUAUUUUUGGGAAGUUUUGCAUUGGAAAGUAGAUUUUUUAAAGCUCAGUGGUCAUUUAAUUGCAGGAUUGAACCUGUUAGUAGAGGCCCUACUGCUGCCUGAGCUAACAAGUCUUGGGUUCCGAAAGUAGCAUGUAAAUAUUUUUUCAUCAGGCGCUGAUUAUAGUAGAGUUCCGAAAUAUGGUCUGAAAGUUGGAGCUCAAUGUAGGAGUCAUUCUUUACAUUUUGUGAUUAAUGUAACUUUUUAUAAUAUCCAAUGAAUUUUUUUAUACAGAA